CUUCAUUUUCUUCAAACAAGUAUCCAAAGCACUUCUUCGAGUUCUCCAAAAUGGCUCAGAUGAAAGUUGUAAUGAAGGUGCUAACCAUGUCUGAUGAAAAAACAAAGCAGAAAGCCAUAGAAGCUGCAGCUGAUAUUUUAGGUGUAGAUUCAAUAGCAGCAGAUCUAAAGGAGCAAAAAUUAACAGUUAUAGGGGAAAUGGAUGCAGUUGCAGUGGUGAAGAAAUUGAAAAAAGCUGUUGGUAAAGUAGAUAUAUUAUCAGUGGGACCAGCUAAGGAAGAGAAGAAAGAAGAAAAAAAAGAAGAGAAAAAAGAAGAAAAAAAAGAGGAAAAAAAAGAAGAGAAGAAGGAGGAAAAGAAAGAGGAGAAAAAAGAAGAAGCAAAGUGAAAGAUUAUCUCUAUUUGAAGUCUUCAAAUUGCAAUUAUGAAUUUAGAGAAAAUAAUAAAAUGUUAAGAGAAACUUUAUUGGUGGUAUCUAUUUUAUUUCUUCUCUUGAGUUUAUUAGAGAAAAAUGGGAAAAUCAUGAAUAUGUUGGCAUGUACAAUCAUAUUUAAGUGUUUAUAUCAAACUAAUAAGUACGUUCACUUUUAUUA